AUGGAGAGCCAGGUCGAGAACGCCGUCGAGAUUUUGUCGAAUCCCGCCUCCGAUCAGUCUGUUAAGGAGCAGGCGUUUGAUUAUUUGAACCGUCUGAGGACCGACCCAUCAGGAUGGCAAGCGUGCACGAAUCUGUUUGCUCGAAUCCCCCGAACGUCCGAGGUCGUGCGUAUGGUGUGUCUUGAGGUGGUCAACUUCGCCGUUCACACUCAGGGCCUCGAUGCCGACAGCCUGGCCUUCCUUAAGCAGACACUGCUGCAGUAUGUCCGCCAAGCAUACGGCCCCGGGGCUCAGCAAGAGCCGGAUCCUGCGCACCUCCAGAACAAGCUCACGCAGACAUUGACAUACCUCUUCGUCUUCCUCUAUCGUGACGGCUGGCAGAGCUUCCUCGACGACUUCCUCGACUUGACCGGGCUCCCUCAAAACAUCGACAACGUGCCCGGUGUUCUCUUCUACCUGCGAGUCCUGUCGUCGGUGCACGAUGAGAUUGCAGAUAUGCUCCUGUCACGGCAGACGAGCGACUCGAAGCGAAAUACCGAGCUCAAAGAUCAGCUGCGCGCCCAGGAUAUGCAAAAGGUCGCCGAGUCGUGGAAACAGUUGCUCUCCAGAUACAGCGGAAACGAUGUCGUGGUUGACCUUGUUCUGAAAGUCAUCGGCAAGUGGGUGAGCUGGAUGGACAUUUCGCUCGUCGUCAGCCAGGACAUGCUGAACCUGCUGCUGCCCGUGGUUGGGCGGACUGGCAGUGAGGACAAGGUGCGGGAUACUGCUAUCGAUACCCUGACGGAGAUUUGCGGCAAGAAGAUGCGGUCGGCGGACAAGAUGGACAUGAUCUCGUUCCUUAAUUUGCAGAACAUUGUGAGCCAGCUGGUCGCCAGCCCCAUGCUUAACGAACUCAAGGGCACCCCGCAGUACGACACAGAUCUUGCCGAGGCUAUUGCCAAGCUCGUUAACACCACAGUGUCGGAUAUUGUGAGGGCUCUCGACGACAACCAAGCCAGCGAAGAGACACGGACGCUGGCCAAGCAGCAUCUGGACGGCUUUCUUCCGCUUCUCCUGCGGUUCUUCUCCGACGAAUACGAUGAGGUGUGCUCGACUGUCAUCCCAUCAUUGACCGACCUCCUCACCUUUCUGCGGAAGCUGGGUCAGCUUAGCCCAGAAUACUCUGGCAUGCUGUCACCAAUUCUCAAUGCGAUCAUUCGGAAGAUGCGAUACGACGAGACAUCAUCAUGGGGAAAUGAGGACGAGCAGACGGACGAGGCAGAGUUCCAAGAGCUCAGGCGACGCCUGCAGUAUCUCCAGAAAACCAUUGCCGCCAUUGACCAGGGCUUGUAUAUGGACGUUCUGAGCAAUCUCGUGGCCACCACUUUCCAGACGCUGGACCAGGCGGGAUCGCAGAUGGAUUGGCGGGACCUCGACCUCGCACUGCAUGAGAUGUACCUCUUCGGAGAGCUUGCGUUGCCGAACCAGGGUCUUGGCACGAAGAACCAGCCGUCUUCUGAAGCGUCGGAGAGACUGGUCGUGAUGAUGCAGAAGAUGGUUGAAUCAGGUAUUGCCAAUUUCUCUCAUCCCGCAAUCCUCCUUCAGUACAUGGAGAUCUGUGUUAGAUACUGUGCGGUUUUCGAGUCUCAUUCCCAGUACAUCCCCCAGGUCCUGGAAAAUUUCGUGCGUCUGGUCCACCACAACCAUGUGCGUAUCAAGACCCGGUCUUGGUAUCUCUUCCACAGGUUCAUCAAGCACCUGCGCUCUCGUGUCGGCAACGUCGCCGAGACGGUCAUUCAGUCGAUUGGAGAUCUGCUGCCCAUCAAAGCGGAAGUGCCUGGAGAGGAUGCUGAUGAUGAUAUGUCCUCGGACGAGUCGGAUCAUUCUGCGGAUGCGCUCUUCACCAGCCAGCUCUACCUCUUCGAGGCCAUCGGAUGCAUCUCUUCUACACAUAGCACUCCGGCAGAGAAGCAGGCAUUGUAUGCUCGAUCGGUAAUGGACCCCCUCUUCCGGGAUAUGGAGGUUCAUCUUCCUCGCGCCAAGGGGGGCGACGCGCAGGCGACACUCCAGAUCCAUCACAUCGUCUUGGCUCUCGGUACCCUUGCCCAUGGCUUCUCCGACUGGACUCCCGGGACUGCGGCGACAAACCAGCAUGGCCCGCCGGACAAGCUUGUCUCGGACGAGUUUUCUCGCGCGGCGGAGGCAAUCCUUAUCGCCCUCAGCGAGCUGAACUCGUCGGCAGAAAUCAGGACGGCAUGCAGAUCUGCCUUUUCAAAACUGCUGGGCGUCUUGGGUGCUGCCGUUCUCCCACAGCUUCCAAAGUGGAUCGAAGGACUGCUCUCUCAGAGCUCAUCCAAGGAUGAGAUGGCCAUGUUCUUGCGUCUUCUCGAUCAAGUGGUGUUUGGAUUCAAGUCGGAGAUAUACGAGGUUCUCAACAUGCUGUUGACGCCUCUCCUCCAGCGAAUCUUUGGAGGCCUGGGCGAGCCCAUCUCUGGCACGGACGACGAGAUACAGCUGGCCGAGCUCCGGCGAGAAUAUCUCUCCUUCAUUCAAAUCAUCCUCAACAACGGGCUGGAAGGUGUUCUUGUCAGCGAAGCGAACCAAGGCUUCUUUGAGCCCAUGAUUGCUUCUGUCCUCGAGCUGGCAAAGACAUUGGACGGAAACCUCGGCCCCAGCCGCCUGGCCUUUACCAUUAUGGGCCGAAUCUCCUCGCUUUGGGGCGGCCCUGACGUUGCCACAAUCUCAAAGACGCCCUCGGCACCCACCGGCAGUCCCAGCCCGGUAAUCCCCGGCUUCGAUCACUUCAUGAUGGAAAGGUUCCAUUCUACUUGCUGGGAGGUCCUGCGGAAUCCUAACUUUAAGCCGUCGAGCGACGCACAGACGAAGCAAGUCUUGACAGAGAUUGCUGCUUUGGAGCAGACGAUAUACACCAAAACAGGCGACAUGUUCAUACAACAGAUGCAGAACGAGGUUUUCCCUAGCCUGGGCAUCAACGGAGAUGACUUUUUGCGAUCGUUGACCACCUCGGCGGACAAGAGGCAAUUUUCUACAUACCUGCAGCACAUGCUGAGUCGUCGGUAA